GUCACGUGGAAGCUGGUCAGCUGAUACAUGUGAUAGCCGCUCAGCUGGGCUCAGUCUCAGAGCCUUGACAGUCCGCUAGGAUCUGUUCGUGUCCUUAUUUCUUUUCGGCAUUUUCCCAGUUAGUCUGAGAACGAAGCGGCCCAUGUUGGCCCCGCCUGGUUGGGUCGGUUUAUUCUGUCAGCCGGCAGGAAGUUGUCGCUCGUAGCAUCCUGUUAGCCUAGCAGUGAAAUCAGCAGGAAGACUGGAGAGAGGGAAGGUGAGGAUCCAACAUGGCAGGAGGUAUCACAGAGACCGGAGAGCCCUACUCUGCGUUUGUGGGGCUGGUGUACAUGUUCAAUCUGAUUGUGGGAACAGGAGCCCUGACCAUGCCCAAAGCCUUCGCCUCAGCCGGUUGGGUGGUCAGCUUGUCGCUCAUUGCCUUUUUAGCAUUCAUGAGCUACAUGACCACCACUUUCGUGAUCGAGGCAAUGGCGGCGGCCAAUGCUCAGUUGCGCUGGAAGAGAAGAGAGCAGGAAGAGACGUACGACAGCGACACCACCUCUGACUAUUCGGAUGACGAUACGGGCCGAGGUCGAUCGGAACCGGAAACAAAGCCCAUCCUCUCUGUCCAGAGAUCGGGUCACGUUGAUCACUUCGACAUUGUGGAGCGGGUCGAGAUGGGUCAGAUGGCCUCCAUGUUCUUCAACAAAGUCGGAGUCAACAUGUUCUACAUCUGCAUCAUCGUCUAUCUGUACGGAGACCUGGCCAUCUACGCCGCUGCUGUGCCGAUAUCGCUCAUGGAAGUUGCCUGCGGGAACCACUCCUGCAGCGCUGGAGGUGUGAAGUACAACGACACAGACCCCUGCUGGGGCUCCGUCACCAGAAAAGAUGCCUACAGAGUGUUUCUGAGCGUGUUCACUCUUCUGUUGGGGCCUUUCACCUUCUUCAGCGCCCAGAAGACCAAAUAUCUUCAGAUUCUCACCUCACUCAUGCGUUGGAUUGCUUUCACCAUGAUGAUCAUAUUGGCUCUGAUCCGAAUUGCCAAAGGAACCGGAGAGGGACACCCUCCUGUCGCCAACCUCUCCGGGGUGCCCAACCUGUUCGGAGUGUGCGUAUAUUCCUUCAUGUGCCAACAUUCCCUGCCCUCCCUGGUGACGCCCAUCUCGGAUAAGAAACGAGUCGGAGCUCUGGUUCUGGCGGACUACGUUCUGAUCCUGGGCUUCUACGCCCUCCUCUCGUUUACAGCCAUCUUCUGCUUCGACAGCUCGCUGCUGCACGACAUGUACACCCUGAACUUCACCGACAACUGCAACGUGUUGGGCAUUUCGGUGCUGCGUUACUUCCUGGGCUUGUUCCCAGUUUUUACCAUCAGCACCAACUUCCCUAUCAUUGCCGUUACUCUCCGGAACAACUGGAAGACACUCUUCCACCGGGAUGGCGGCACCUACCCAUGGGUGGUGGACCGGGUCGUGUUUCCCCUCAUAACCCUGGUGCCGCCGAUCGUGGUGGCCUUCUGCACGCACAACUUGGAGUCCCUGGUAGGCAUCACCGGGUCCUACGCAGGGACAGGGAUCCAGUACAUCAUCCCGGCAUGCCUGGUGUUUUUCUCCAGGCGCCACCUGGAGCCGGUGAUAGGCAGAGACGCCGUCAACAAGCACCAGUCUCCUUUCCGCCACGCCUUCUGGGUGUGGUUUGUCUUGGUGUGGGCGGCCUCCUGCCUCAUAUUUGUCACAGCCAACAUUAUCCUGACUGAGACUAAGAAAUGAAAACUGUGUUUAUGGAAAUCUGCGACUGUUUGGCCAGUUUCUUCGUUCUCGAGGCCUUACCUGCUGCUGGAUGGACUGUGUGCCUUUUUUUACCUGACUUUAGUUGCCUAAAAUAAACGCAAUCAAUAUUAACUUAUGAAAUUUGCUAAAAGGGACCAAAUGUUUUUUUCCUGAUAAGUUCUGGAUGUGUGCAUGACAGUGAUCAAAGGGACAUUAUUAAAGGUAUCUUUAAACAUCAAACAGCUAAACGUUUAAGCUUUUCACACCGUUUCCCAGAAAUAUCUUCCUUCCUUUCUGCAACUCUUGGAUGCAUACCUUCUCUGACAUCCCAGAAUCAGAUAGAUGGCUUGUUACCAGGCCUCUACAGAGGUGAAUGAUGCUGAUGAGGUAUGUCAGGUUUGUUAGAGCAGGGAUGCAUCUAAAAGUUGCAGGACCGUAGCUCUCGAGGUCUGGACUUGAUCUAAAGCAACGGUUGAGCUGUCCAAACACUUCAGAUCAUAGAGGAACGUGUGUUUAAUGGUGAAGUUUCAACCUCUUACCUCUAACUUCUGUUGUUGCUAUUACAGGUAAUAGGAAGAGGCACAAAUGUCCCACUCCCUCUCUAGAAAAGCUGUCAAACAAACACGUUGGAGAUUCAACAGAUCUGUGGGAUGAAGCUACAGAAACAUAUUUCUUACUUUUAAUAACCUUCACUAAAAUCCCAACUCAGAAAAGGGAAUCUGCCGGAGCUUUCCUGCAGAAUAGUCCAAUAAAACUAUAUCAAAGCAACAGAAGGAGCAAAGAAAAACUGCCUGUCACAGAACCGCUGCACGACUCCGUAAUGAGAUUGGAGGAUGGGAAGAAGAAUGAUCAUUCUCCGAUGUAUUUCCCUCCCUCAGCAGGUGGUGUGAGGGCAAUGUUCCCGUCCUCCAUGUGAACAGUGAAGCUGACGGAGAUGCUCCCAUCCCUGUCUGGAAAAGUCUGACAUGUUGACACGAAAAUGUGCAGGAAGCCUGUUAUAAAUAACUUAAAAAUAAGAGUUUAUUCCAGUAGAGCAGGAUUAUAGCAGUUUUCUUUAAAAACAUCUAAUGUCAGGGUAGAUAAAUAAGGAAAUAACCUCCAGGUACAGUGUGGUGAAGGACUUUGUUGGUUGUUGUGGUUUUGAUUAUAACUAUGAAAGGAAACGGACCAGCAGAGGAGAAGUUACCGAACCAGAAACCUUUUUGAGUCUGCUUCCUCUUUACAUGGCAUGUUAUUAAUUGUUAAUAAGAGGAAAAAAGAUGCUAGCUCCAAUCAGAUGAUAACCAGCACAGUUUACACACUAUUUUAUUUAUUUUUAGUUGGCUAUCUUUUCCUUUUUGACAAGCAGCAGGUCUCCUGCUCAGAAUGUUCACAGCAAACACAAAGUUCUGCUAAUUGUAAUAGAUUUCUAUGUUCCUGCUAAACAAUAAUGUAAUGAUUUGUCCUUUUUAGAUCAUCGUCUUCCUGAACGUGGCUCCAGCUGCAGAGAUUUUCUUUGCACUGUGUUAUUUUACGGCAGCAUUUGGCUGUAUAGGUAGCAACGCAGGUGAUUAAAACUUUCCUUUGGAAGGUAAUGUGCUGCAACUGGAGUGUUUUAAGGCUCUGCAGCUGAUUUCUGCUCCCGUGUGGAAGCGUUGGUGACACCUGGGGGGCGCUGUUGGAGGUCAAUCUACUCUUGCUUUGUUUAGACCUCUACUACAGGUGAUCAGUCAUCAGAGCUCUGCGGUGGACCUGCAGCUUCUCAGCUUAUUUCCAUCUGCAGCAACGUGUCUGAAUGAGGAAAACAAACACUUGAACCUGAGUUGGAUAUUUGUGGGCUUUUCUCUGCUCAGAAACAUCUAAAACUAUAGGAAUCAGUGUGAAUUAUUUUCAUUUUGUUUGCUGUAUAUUUUUCUUUGAUUUUGAUCAUUUCUUUAGAAAUCAAAUGUUGACGAUCUGUGUGGUGCCAGAAACGUUUAUGAUCCUUUUUUUUUUUUCUAUUUCUCUUCGUUUUAUAGUUUAAAUGUGGUUUCUGUUUUUAUUUUUUUUACUUUUGUGUCAUUUUUAUUUGUGUAUCUGAAAUUUGGUUCUUUCUUCUCUAUGGAUGUUUACAGCUUUUUGUUAUCCCGUUUCUCAAGCGAACAAAAAUAAAAUUUGUCUGAAAUCAUAA